AUGAGAGCGGCCGGUGGCGGUGCAGCCUGCCUGAGCUCUCUGCUGCUGCUGUGUCUCUUCGCUCUCCGCAGGGGUCUCGGGACCCCGUCUCCGGCCGGCCCCAUCCUGAGCCUGCGUACUCACAACCAAACCAAAACUGCCGAGGGUUCUGUGCGGACAACGCGCACCCACAACCUGACCAAACACCUCCCAGAGGGUGAGAAGGACUCCCACCACCGGCCAAAGAGGGGCUGGGUGUGGAAUCAAUUCUUUGUUUUGGAGGAGCACAUUGGACCCGAAGCACAAUAUGUAGGAAAGUUGCACUCCAAUUCAGAUAAGGGUGAUGGCUCAGUUCGGUACCUCCUCUCUGGAGAAGGAGCAGGGACUAUCUUCACCAUUAACGAGGUGACAGGAGACAUCCAUGCCACGAAAAGCCUGGACCGCGAGAAAAAAAGCCACUAUGUUCUCCACGCCCGCGCUAUUGACCGCUUCACCAACAGAGCCGUGGAGCCCGAGUCCGAGUUCAUCAUCAAGGUUCAGGAUGUGAAUGACAACGCCCCCACCUUCCCCGAUGGGCCGUUCGCCGCGUCUGUACCAGAGAUGUCAGACAUAGGAACAUCAGUAUUCCAGAUCACUGCCACUGACGCUGAUGACCCCACAUACGGCAACAGCGCAAGGAUUGUCUACAGCAUCUUACAAGGGCAGCCCUACUUCACUGUCGACCCCAAAACUGGUAUCAUUAGGACGGCGCUAGCCAACAUGGACAGAGAGACCAGAGAAAUGUACUCCAUCAUCAUCCAAGCCAAAGACAUGGCCGGCUCGGUGGGGGGACUGUCUGGAUCGACCACUGUCAACAUCACUCUGACUGAUGUCAAUGACAAUCCUCCAAGGUUUCCCCAAAAGAACUACCAGCUGUACGUGCCGGAAUCCGCUCAAGUCGGAAAAGCUGUGGGGAAAAUCAAAGCCAACGACGAAGACCUGGGAAUCAACGCUGAGAUGGCGUACAGAAUCACCAAUGAGGAAGGGGCAGCCAUGUUUUCUAUCUAUGCUGACAGUGACAAGAGGGAAGGGGUCAUCUCUCUCAAAAAGCCAUUGGACUAUGAGAAAAAGAAGGCCUACUCAUUAAACAUAGAGGGCGUGAACACACAUCUGGACCCUCGAUUCUUCCACCUGGGCCCAUUCAAAGACACCACCACCUUGAAGAUUAUCGUUGGGGAUGUAGACGAAGCUCCAGUAUUCACCAUGGAUUACUACAUCAUGGAUGUGUAUGAAAAUGCUCCGGCCGGAACAGACGUCGGCAUGGUAACGGCUCAAGACCCCGACAAUGCCAGGGGCAAAGUUAGGUAUUCCAUUGACAGCAGUGUGAACGGAGAGUCACUUUUCAGCAUCGAUGCCAACAGCGGACUCAUUAAAACCACCGCAAGCUUGGAUCGAGAGGCAGUAGCCUGGCACAACAUCACUGUUAAGGCUUCAGAGGUUGACAAUCCAAAGCUGGUCAGCUACGUUCCAGUCACAGUUCAAGUCCUGGACGUCAAUGACAACACGCCCUACAUUCCUACUGACCAGGACAUCAUUGUGUGUGAGAGUUCCAAGCCAGGCCAGGUCAUCCAGACCAUCAGGGCUACAGACAAAGACAACUUUGCCAAUGGACGCUUUUCUUUUGCUCUGCCAACUGACCUGCAGGCCAACCCGAAUUUCACCCUGAAGGACAAUGAAGACAGCAGUGCGAGUAUCAUUGCGCGGCGGUGGGGUUUCAGCCAGGCCGAGCAGGAGCUGCACCAGCUGGCGGUGGUGGUGUGGGACGGAGGAGAGCCUCAGCUCAGCAGCACCAGCACCCUGACGCUGCGGGUGUGUCCAUGCCGGAGGGGCCUCAGAGUGCCAGUCUGCCAGCCGCAGGCCUUCUUUUCCUCUGCAGGUCUCAGCACAGGAGCGCUCAUCGCCAUCCUGCUCUGCAUCCUCAUCCUCCUGGCCAUAGUGGUGCUGUUUGUGACCUUGCGGAGCAAGAAGAUCAAGAAAGAGGCGCUCAUCAUCUCGGAGGAGGACGUGCGGGAGAACGUGGUGACGUACGACGAUGAGGGUGGUGGGGAAGAGGACACAGAAGCUUUCGACAUCGUGGCCCUGAGGAACCCCUCAGCUGCUGGAGAGGUCAGAAGGAGAAGGGGGGAGCCACACCCGGAGGUUUGGGGCGGAGCGGUGGGCGGGGACAGUCUGAGCCCGUCGCUGACCCUGCCCAGUCAGGACAUUCAUGAUGUGAUCCAGCUAAAGGUAAUGGAGGCAGACCAGGACACCAGCGGACCUCCAUACGAUUCCCUCCAAACGUACGCAUACGAAGGGCAGGGGUCACCCUCCGGCUCCAUCAGUUCUCUGGACCUCCCUGGACCUCCAUCAGAGCCGGAGCCCCCUGAGCCAGACGACUGGGGGCCUGAGGUGAACACACUGGCCAGACUUUUCCAGGAGCGAGGUGGCCAGUGCACCCUAUAG